AUGACGCUCUUGCUGUUUUGUGGCACAACGAGGCCACCGUGCGACAAGAGUCAGUACCAGGCCCGACGCAGUUCAGGGCAGCCACAGCGAUACCCAGACCCUGAGCCAGGCGGGGCCCUGAUCACGUGGUUCGACGACGCCCCGCCCCGCCCCUGCCUGGGUCGGCCCUGUCUGCGCCUGCGCGGGCGCGGGCUCGCUCGCCAGCCGUCCUGCGGGCGUGAGCCCCGGGCCGUGGGAAAUGCAGUUAUCAAAACUGACUUCAGAAGAGAGAAGGCUAACAAUGGAAAGCACUGGGAAGGUCACCAGAAAGCUGUCAUCCUCAGUGCAAGGCUCAAACGUCACAGGUUAAAGAAACUUCCCCAGAGAGGAAAGGCCGAAGCGCCGUCCGUGAUGGACUCGGAAGCGCAUGAGAAGAGGCCCCCAAUGUUGACCUCUUCCAACCAGGACUUGUCACCUCACAUUGCGGACGUGGGGGACAUGAAGCAUUACUUGUGUGGCUGCUGCGCAGCCUUCAACAACGUGGCGAUCACUUACCCCGUUCAGAAGAUCCUGUUCCGGCAGCAGCUGUACGGCAUCAAAACCCGGGAUGCAGUCCUGCAGCUGAGGAAGGAUGGGUUCCGCAACUUGUACCGCGGAAUCCUGCCCCCACUGAUGCAGAAGACCACCACGCUGGCACUUAUGUUUGGUCUGUAUGAGGACCUGUCGCGCCUGCUCCACAAGCACGUGAGCAGCGCUCCCGAGUUUGCCACCCGAAGCUUGGCGGCGCUGCUCGCUGGCACAACGGAAGCCAUUCUCACUCCAUUCGAAAGGGUUCAGACUUUGCUUCAGGACCACAAACAUCAUGAUAAGUUCACAAACACCUACCAGGCCUUCAGGGCGCUCAGGUGCCACGGGAUUGCAGAGUAUUACCGAGGCAUGGUGCCCAUCCUUUUCCGAAAUGGGUUCAGCAAUGUCCUUUUUUUUGGCCUUCGAGGGCCCAUUAAGGAGCGUCUGCCUACUGCCACUACGUACAGUGCCCACCUGGUCAACGACUUCAUCUGUGGAGGUGUGCUUGGGGCCAUGCUGGGCUUCUUAAGUUUCCCUGUUAAUGUUGUCAAAGCUCGAAUACAGUCUCAGAUUGGUGGGCCAUUCCAGUCUCUCCCCAUGGUGUUCAAGACUAUCUGGAUAGAGCGGGACAGGAAACUGAUCAAUCUUUUCAGAGGUGCACAUCUGAAUUACCACCGCUCUCUCAUCUCCUGGGGAAUAAUCAAUGCAACUUAUGAGUUCUUGUUAAAGAUUGUAUGAUGAAGUCACUACAUAGCGAUGACAUUCUCAUCUAACUAGACCUAAGGAAAAUGCACUUUGGCUUUGUUCCCAAUUGAUUUAAGUACAUAUUGGUGUCCUUAAGACCAAGCCAUAACUUGCAGACAAAGCAUUGACAAGAACAGAUCUGGUCCAGGUUUCAGUGGGCAGGAGUCAGGGUUAGGGUGUGGUUAUUACUCCAGAGCUUUAGGCUGUUGCCCGGGAACCAGCAGUACCUGAUGACCUUUCUGGGCAGCUGGCCGCUGAGAGAGUGCUUUUCCUCCCGGAGGCUUGCUAGGCCUUCUGUGUGGAAACUGUGGUAUCUGCAGCCAGAGCACAUGUUCCCAGCCCAGGGCUUCUCAGGCUCAGUCUCACCUCAUUUACUUCACCUCUGCUCUGAAGAGGGUCAUCGUCGUUAGACUCCAGCUCUGCAUGGAGGACUGGAGCAGAGGCGCCACUCAGCGCCAUGGCUCUAGCUCCAUGAUGAAUUGUUGGGGUUAGCUUUGAAACUUAAGUGCUGUUGAGAUAGCCACUAUCCAAACUUUCUGUUCACAUUUGCUAGAAUUGAGCACCUAAAGAGAGCCCUUCCAGAAUGUUCUUGUGCUGUUUUCCCUGAAUUCAUUGCCAAAAGAUAGGGUGCCCUAGUUAAAUUCCGUUGUGUGCUUCAUUGUGGUAAGCUGGUCACCGCAGGCUCCGCUGUUCUGCUUUCUUGUUUGUGCUACUGCUGUCGACAGCUGACCAGUGAGGACAUUGUCCCUUGUGAAUAGUAACUGUCAUGUCUGUCCUGCUCUCUGAUACUGGACUUUAAACAAAUAACACUUCCAUAAAGUUUUA